AGGAGAGCGGGAAGGAUCCCGCCAGGCGAAGGGGGAGAGUUGGUGUUCCGGGCUCUGGUUUGAAUCUCGGUUAAGUUCAGUAAGGAGUGCAGUGCUUUUCGUAAGCCAAGAUGGCCACCUCAGAAAAACAAAAGUUGAGUGUUGCAGAAAAACAUCAGAAAACAGUAAAUGAAAACUUCUUUAAGAAGGUACAAAUCGAAGGGCAAGUAAAGCUUGGAGAACAAGUCAGAAUACAGAAGAUGAUGAUAGCAAAUGAUGAACGUAUUGCACGGAAAAGAAUCCUCCGAUUACUACAGGAUGAACAAUUUGAAUUAGACAUGGAAGAGGCUAUUCAAAAGGCAGAAGAAAACAAAAAGAUGAAGGCAGUGCAGCUGGAACAAGAACAGAAAUUGGCUACAGAGCUGGCAAAACUAAAAAAUGAAAGUUUAAAGGAUGAAAAAAUGAGGCAACAAAUAAGAGAAAACAGUCUUGAACUUCGAGAAUUGGAGAAAAAAUUGAAAGCAGCUUACAUGAAUAAAGAAAGGGCUGCACAAAUUGCUGAAAAAGAAGCCAUCAACUAUGAGAGGAUGAAACGUGAUUCUGAAAUAGCCAGAUGUAUGAAGGAAGAACAUGAGAGAUACACGAAAGAACAGAACGAAGCAGAAGUUAGACAUCACAAAGAGAAAAUCCAGUACCAGCGGGACUUGGAGCAACAGCUUGAAGAUCAAGAGAGAAAGAAGCAAGAAGCUUACGAAGAAUUAUUACGAGAGAAACUCAUGGUAGAUGAAAUUGUUAGAAAGGUCUACGAAGAAGACCAAAUGGAAAGACAGCAGCAAUUAGAAAGAAUGGCUGCAACUCACAGAUACAUAGAAGAAUUUAAAAAAGAGCAAGCUCUGUGGAGAAUGAAGAAGCGUGAAGAAAUGGAGGAAGAAAACAGGAAAAUCUUAGAGUUUGCUACUGUGCAGCGGCAGAGAGAAGAAGACCGGGUGGCCCAAGCCCAAAAGCUUGAGGAAAAAAGGCAGCAGUACAAGAAUUUGAUUGCCCAGCACUUGGCAAAAAUACAGCAGCAGCAGGAUGAUAUGGAGCAAGUGAGACUAGAUUUAUAUGAGAUAGAACAAGCUGAGUUAGAUAGAAAGAAGAUCCAGGAAGAAAUCGAAAACAAAAUCAAAAAGCGUGAAGAGCUGCAAAGAAAUUUUGCCGAACAAACAGCUUUCAAAGAGUUGGUCCUUCAGGCUGCCAGGGAGGAAGAAGAAGUCUUCAGACAGAAUGCGAUGGCGAAGUUUGCUGAGGAUGACCGGAUUGAAUUAAUGAAUGCUCGCAAACAAAGGCUGAAGCAGUACGAACACAGGAAAGCUACAGAAAAACUUAUUCAAGAACGUCGGGAACAGUUCCUUGCAGACAAGGAACGUGAAUUUGAAGAAAUCAGGUUACAGCAGCAAAGAGAAGGUGGUAUUAAUGCAAUUAUCGAAGAAGAACGACAAAAACUUCUCAAAGAGCAUGCUGCAAAUCUACUGGGCUAUCUUCCCAAAGGAGUAAUUAAACAUGAGAAGGAUGUUGAUAUGCUUGGUGAAGCAUUUAGGAAAGCAUAUCUGAAAAGUGACACACCAUUAGGAGACAGCUAAUGUCAUCAAGAAUUGGAUUGCUUUAUAUCACCACUAGAUGUCAGCCUGAUUUCUCUAUCAGUUUGACAGUCAUUAUCUUGGUAAGAAUCCUUCAAACAUUUGGAUUUUUUAAACCAUUAUAGUAGCUGACAAUUUCCAUACAGCCAGUCUGUAAGAGAAUACAGUUUUGUCUUCUUUGUCAAUAAAUUAUUGAAAAAAGGAUUAUAUUAAACAUCUCAUUUACAAGACUUUUAUUUUUAUGUAAUAAUUAACAAAACACUUGGAAACUCAGCGCAGUUGCUUUUUAAAUUCACAAGUAAUCUCUAAUAAGGAAUAAACUAGUUCAACUAAGAUACAGUCAAUAUUCAUGGGGAAGGAAAGGGAAUACAUGUUCAUGAAAAACAAAUUCAUUGAUAAAGUAUUUUUAUUUUCUUAAAUGUCUUCUAACCAAAAUAAAGUAAAAACUGUCACUUAUCUGAUUUAGGCAGAAUUUAUUCUCGCAAUUCAGUAGACUGUUUUUCAUAAAAUAUUUACUUGUAAUUAUAUUAAAAAGCAUAUUAAUUAAAAUUUUAAUGUUUUCCUGUGGAUAAAUCCAACUGUGAACCAAAAAUGAAAUGUUAAAACAUUUCAGCUAAGCAUCGUUGCCAUCUUGCUUGUCUAUACCUGAUUAUUAUGUGGCUAUACAAAGGAACAUUAUCUGAUGCCUCAUCUUAGUUAUGGAGGUGACCCUGUACCUGCAGGUUGCAAACUCUGGCUACUACUAUCGAUUAGGAACAAAACAACAUUCCUCUAAGGUUAGGUCUGUGAAGACUAGGGCACACUGGACUAAACAUGGAGGCAAAACAUUGCCUCUGGCAAUAAUACAACCCACUCUUAAAUCACACAACACCUCAGGGGACUGAUAGAGGUGCCAUUUAUACUUAAUGAUGGAAACCUCUGGUCCCUUACUAAUUAAGGAACCACCUUCAUCACCCAACUUAUAUUAAGCAACUCUGGACAAAAGGUAAUAUAUGACUCUGGAAAAAGGUAUGGUAUGACUCAGGACACUUGGCCACUCAGUAGCAACCAAGGUUCCCAAACAGGCAAGCAACUUUUUUUUCAAAAGUAGAAUAGUGAGUGGCUGUGUCAGAGAGUUUACAGCUCCAAAAGCCUAAUAGUCAUUUAAUCUAGCUACCUUCUGAUGCCCGGGGCCUGUGAUACUUCAUCCUUCAUAAUGACAAGGUCAGGAAUUAUUACAGUAAUGCACAUAACAUCUUUAUUCUCCUGAUAAUCUACUGUCAGUUGCCAGAUACCAUAUCCUUCACUGGCCAUUUCGUAAGAGGAAUUUGUAUAACCAAGUAUUCCAGCCUUCUUCAUUUUUGUUAGUAAAAAUGAAAGGCCUUUUACCUUCCUAACCCAAUAUUGUUUAAUAUUAACUACAGACACCUCCAAGGGCUCCAUUUAUUCACAAUGACCAGUGAGAAGCUAGUAUAAGCAUCUGUAUAGGCACUGAUUCCCAAUCAGUAACUGUGACUGGCCUCCACAGCAUACAGACAUGCAGCCCUUCAUUCCUGAACAGCACUCCCAGUGCCCCAUCCACAGCCAGCACCAUUCCUACCAACCUCUUUCCUCUCUCUUCAUUUCCAGUGCUCUAGCUGAGAACAAAAAUCAACUCAACUAUUCCUGGAAAGGACAUGUCAAUAAUCACCUUAUGACUUCAGGCACUAUCCCUGUGAUUUCCCUGACCAAAACACUCUCCUUGGCCACCAUUCCCCUAUACAUGCUGUGUUCCCCUAUUAGAAUAUAAAUUCUUUGAGGGUAGGGACCAUUUUGCUUAUUUUUGUAUCCCUGGUGCUUAGUGCAAGUGUUCAUUUAUUCAUAUCUUUUAACCACUUAUCUAUUGGUUCUGGGUCAUGUAUUUUUACCACUUUCCUAAAUAACCUUGGCAAUCAGUAUCCCUGCCCCGCCUCAGUUAUGAAGGUUUCCUUUCUUAUCCUGGCUGCAUUGAUUUAAUUUUUGCAAGUUUUAAAUUUUCAUGUAGAGCAACCCCUCUGGAGCUGCUCCCCUAACUCCACUUGAAACAGUGGUGCCCUAGAAGAAGGUUCUGGGACUAACCCAGAGGGGCUGAGGUCUAGCACUGUUACACAUGAGCCUUCAGAUGGUGUGCUUUCCAUUUCAUAUCAGCCUCAAUUAGCUUUUAGGAAAAAAUAUUUUUGCCAAGGUAAUCAAGUAAAAACAGUUGGUACAAAAUAUCCCCCCAAAAUCUUUCACAUAAAAAUAUCCCUGGGGAAUAAGGGCUCAGUUUUGAUAUAAGGGUGUGGCACAAAUGUAGGGAACACAUAUGACCAAAGGAUAAAUUCAGCUCCUUGUUACUAGCAGCCCUUUAUUUCCUUUGGGUAGCCCUUAACGAAGUUCCCCAUAGGUGUAACUCUGCUGGCCUUCAAAGUUUGGUGCACCCCAAGGGGUCACAUACUUUCAUGAAGCUACUUCUUCCCUCAGGUGGCUAUCUUUCUAUCUGUUUGUCCAUCUCUGUCUUCAGUAUGUGUGUGUGUGUGUCUGUGCCAUAUUGGAUACAUUAUCUCUUAUUUGGUCUCUUUCCAAUAACAUGGUCCAUGGUGGUGAUUGUGGAGUGAGGGGGGUGACAUAUUACCCUCUCUCCGGGACUCCCUCUCCCACCCUCUUGGGGCCCUCUGGUAUAGGCAAAAUGAACUGCCUCUUUAAGAUACCUCCAGGUACCUUUAAGGUACCUCUACUGCUUAACUGGAUUACCAUUGGACUUGAAGUCUUUGUAAAUAAAAUAAGGAGCAUUUCUAUUCUUUUUGACAAUCACAAGAUGUUUCCUGUGUGGCACCAUCUGUUUUCAUACAUCGAUUUAAGCACUUUAAUUCUUUCAAAUUUAGGACAUAUUUACACCUAGUCUACGUUUUUGAUUAAUUCAGUAAAGGUAUCUGGAUCUUUUGAGAUUAAUUGGGGUAGGGGGUAGAGCUUUACCUUUACACAUAUAACCAGAAUUAUCUCAUCUUUUAUGAUGACCUCAGCCCAUAUUUGGUUGACUUCUUCAGACAUGGUUAUGGCCAAGUGAAGGUCCUUCCAUUUUUUUUUUUAAAGACAUGACCUUUCGUAUUUAGUUUACAUAUCCAUUUGGAAUGUGUUAUGUGAAUUAAAAUGCUGCACUAAACCUCUUUUGUUCAAAACUGCUUUCCAAUUUUUCCAGAACUUCAGUCUUUUAAGUAGUUUAUGCUUUUGGGAUUAUCAAACAUGGGGCUAAAGAAAUUGUUUCUGAUCCUUACUUAGCUUAUGUGUUCAAUAGAUCUAAUUUUCUGGUUUUCUUUAACCAGUAGCAAAUCAUUCUUAUGAUUACUUAUUUAUAAUAAUAGUUUGAGGUCUUGACACGUACUAUUUCACUUUAUUUUCAUUAUUUCCCUUUCAAUUCAGUACUUUUUGUUUUCUCAAGGUGAAUUUUAUUAUUUUGUCUGAUUACAAAGUACACCCUUAGUAGACUGAUAUAAUUCUAAAUUUUGCAAAUUAACUUAAGUAGCUUCAUCAGUUAUAUUAUUACAGUCUAACCAUGAUCAAUUAAAAUUCUACCCAUUAUGUAUCUUCCUUUGUUUCUAUGAAGUGUUUUACUUGUAUUUGUCUUGAGUGUCUUAGUAGAUUGACUACCAGAUAUUUUAUAUAUUUUGUAGGUUUUGGGGGAUGGUAUCUCACAUAUCAUGGUUUUUGUUAUUUCUGUAUAGAAAUUUAUGGAUUUACUUUAUCUCUCACCCUCUUCAUUAUUCAACCUAUUAUUUUUAGGUUAGUGUUGUCCUUACAUUAUUACCAAUAAACAAAUAUUUGUGACUUAUUUGCUUUAAAAGCUAUCUUGCUGGGUGAUGUGUUUCAAACUGGAGUUCCUCAUGAGUUCAUGAUUUCAUCAGAUUUCCCCCAGAUAACCUGCAAUUCCUGAGGAGUAGUUAACUAUGUAAAUGUCACCUGUAGCCCAGGGCUACAGAUUCACAUGAACUGUGUUCAAUCUGGGGGAGCCUAACCACAGAGGCUUCACAUUCUCCUUUUGUUUCUAACCCUACUCCAGAAUGAACCAACAGAAAAGGGUGACAUUAUGGAACUAUUUCUCUGGGUACCUGCCACUCAACUCAUUAAUUCUAGAACUCAUAAACUCUUGAACUUGAGGCUGUAUGUGAAACUGUCAAACCUGUUGCUUCUCAGGAACUCUACUUUCUCUGGAUUGCUGCCUGGGGAAUUAAAAAUCCUCUACGAGGUAGGUUGGCAUUCAGGGAUCUUUACUCUUACACUGAGUGCAGCAAACACAUCUAGCUCUCACUGCCAUGUUCUUCUGCUAUGGGUUGACAUUGUUGGGGGGUAAGAAAGAGAGAGGAGAAGAAAUUCCCUCCUCCACUAUAUUCUGGUCUGAAAGUCCAAGGAGAGAAAUUGCAUGAAAAAGGGACUUGGGGGUGGCCCAGUCUAUAUUUCACUCUUAAAAGACCACAGGAAAGGCAGUUCCUGUGAAAAAAGUCUAUUCGCUUGAACCUUAGACAACCAUCAAGAGGCAGUCCCAGUGACUGGGGACCAAUCAGUGGAAUUCCCUGUGUCCUUUCCCUAAAGGGCUAUGGUCCAAGUCUGGCUCCAUGGAAGGUGUUCCUCCCUUCUGACAAAGGCCUUUGUUCUAUAAUCUCAAAUUAACUAGUAGAACUCAUCAGACUGAUGAGAGGUUCUCCCCAUUAUAUUAACAUAAGAAAUUUGUAUUUUUAUUGGGAUGUUAAAAUAACUUAGAAAUUUAAAUAAGUGCUGUAAUUUGAUGAUGGACUAGCUUUGAAGGAGA